AGGUAGUCAGGAACGUUCAAACGGUGAAGGGAGUCAGCUAAAGCCUCCGAGCUGGUACAGUUAAAAGCAUGUUUUACAUUUAGUGUUUAGUAAUCAAUGCACAAUGGCCUAAUAUAUGGAGAUUCACGAAGAGUACGCUGCCGGGUUGCCCGCAUAUCUUUGCAAUACUUGUGCCCGGCAAAUUGAGGGGUUUACCAAUUUCAAACGACAGGCUUUGUGUGUUCUAAAGUUUGCAAUAGCCUUGUUGGCUUCACGACAAAAAAACGAUCCGCAACCGAUGGUCGAUUUAUAUGAAUCUGAUAAGAGUGGCCAAAUAAGACACAUUCUAAACCAACUGAAACUAACCGACAAUGAAGAAUUAUCAAUUGAACAUUUGUUGGGUAGCAUUAGAAACAAUCGAAAUAUUGAGAUCAUAGACAAGGAAGUUAUAUUCGAAGAAGUGAGCGUUGACAUUGAAUCCGAUCACGACAAUGAUAUUGAAUCAGAAAAUGCAUUCUCAGAAAGUGACACGCCUGAGCCAAUAUCAAAAUCUGGGAAAAGUGUGAACAACCAAAUAAAAAGGUCAAAUUCGAAGGCAAAACGAAGAAUAAUACGAAAGGAUGGUCAAAAGUUCAAACUAUGCCAAUUGGAGGGCUGUGGCGAAGAAUAUUUGGUUGGGAAUCGAGUGGAGUACGUGCAGCACGAGAAGAAUUUCCACCGCUAUGGAUGCAACGUUUGCGGACGAGUGCUGGCCUCACGAACGUCGUUCCGCAAUCACGUCUUGCUACACGAUGGAGAAGAGGUGAAAGCCAAGUGCGAGUUUUGCGGGAGAGCAUUCACCACCAAAGGAAGCAUGAUGGUUCACAUAAGAGAAGUGCAUAAUAAUACUGGCGUGCACUUCAACUGCCAGUACUGUGGAAAAGGCUUCAUGGAACAAAAAGAUCUCAAUGCUCAUCUUCACAACCACAAGUCCUGCGAAAUAUGUGACAAAUCUUUUUCGGAUCUUCCUGGUUGGAUCAAUCAUAAUCGUAAACACCAUCCUGAAACACUAUUCACAUGUGACUACUGCGAGCAUACAUCAUUGAGCCAAUCAUUAUUGGAUAGGCAUAAACGCAUGAAGCACUCAGAAAACAGCAACGAGCAACUUCCCCAAAGAUUCACUAUUUUUGCAAUCAACAGCGCUGCAUUCCAUCAGUGCCCUCAGUGUAAAUUUCAGUUUACUAAUAACGACUUCCUACUUCAACAUAAUGAACAAGUCCACAACCGAAGACAAGUGGACAAGCAAGAUCGCCCGAUACAGCGAAGAUCCAAGGAAGAAAGGGAGAAAUUCGACCUGCGUUACAGUUGUGAAACUUGCGGCAAAAAGUACCGGUUCAAAAAUUCUUUGUGGUCUCACAGACACAAAGAACACAACGUUGACCAAAGUACAGCCAUAUGCGACAUAUGUGGCCAAAAUUUUAAGCACCAAUCCUACCUCGCCGCUCACAUGGCCAACAAGCAUGUCACAGAGUGUCCCUUUCGUUGCGAUCGUUGUCCCAAGGCGUACUCUCAAGCUUAUCUUCUGAAAGAGCACGCAAAAUGCCACGAUACGGAGAAGCGACACAAAUGUUCCCACUGUGACUAUCGAGCCAAACAGUCCCACAUGCUGAAGGACCACGUCAGUCGAAUGCACACCACCGAACGGCCGGCUAAGUGCAAUGAAUGUGAUAGAGCCUUUAUCAACAAUAGCGAGCUGAAAAAGCACAUGGCCAUCCACAGCAGCGAGAUGCAUUUUCAGUGCGAACAGUGCGAACAAGUGUUCCGGCGGAAAAUGGACCUUGCCAGACACAGAACUCGGAUGCAUACGGAAAUUGGUGCGAAAAAGCGAAAAGCUGAGAUUGCGAAGCAAGAUGUAGAUGUCAUGAUAUCAACUAGUGAAGAUGCGUCGACAAAAGCAGAUUAGACAUCAAUUUUGAAUGUUAAUGCAUAAAACAGACAUGGGGUAUUGAACAAACUUGAUAUUUAUUAAAUAUUUAAAUGGCAUUACAUAUAUCGUACACCUUUUUGAAGGA